AAUGCAUGAAUAACUGAAUCAUUGACCUAAAGUAACUUUUUUAAAGGCUUUAAAUAAUAGCACAAUUUUUUAUAUCAGAAAUGCAGCUUUCAGGCCGGUGGUCAGAGUGAUUCAGACUCACCUCAGAGCAGUGAGCUUCUUCAGGGAGGGGUUAUUUAGUCACCCGCAUGUUUCGUCAGAAACACACUGUACUGGAACGCUUGCUCUGAGCGCGCGCGUCCGCCGGUGGAAUGUACCGCCGUCAAACUACGACUGUAUUAAUCUGCAUUUCGUCAUUUAAAACGACAUAUUAUACUCUUAUGUGGAACUAUGUUUUUAACCUAGCUGAACCUGCAUUACCUUUUUCUUUUAUUAAAGAUGACCAGGCGUUCUUAUGGAAUAUAUGGAUAUGACGAUGCACCCGUUUUCUUCUACAUUCACCCAUAUAACAUCUUUGUUAUAAUUUUAUUUUUGACUAUUUUUUUUUAUUAUUAAAACGAGCAUUUACUCUUGUAGAACUAUAGCCUAUAAAAUUAUUUAUUUUCUUUUGUUUACAAAAUAGAACAAACAAACAAACAAAACUUUUUAAGCACGCGGGCAAUCUUGGUCUCUGACAUGAUGUUUUAAUCCCAAUGGAUAUUCGCUCGUGACGCAGAUCUACAUGAAGAUGGGAGCCCUACAGCUAAACACUCCUCUGAGUUAGCCAUGCAUCACUGCAAUUCAUCAGGCACUGCGCCACUCAGCCCAUUUUCCAAUGACAGUCAGUGGGAAGCACGGCCGACGUCUCCAUCACUUGCCGAUGCUGAGAAUGUCACGUCAGAGAGACCGAUCCUGAGCGGCCCCAUAGCUGCGAUGUUCUCAAUGACCCUGGGAAUCCUGUUUAACAUUGUGGCUUUAUUCAUUCUGGCAAACGCAUAUGCCCGACUACGUCGACGAUCCAAAGCAUUUCUCCUGUUUGCCAGCUCUCUGGUGGCCACAGACUUUGUGGGACAUGUAAUACCUGGCUCAAUAGUCAUGAGGCUGUAUCUUUCUGGAGGUGUACCCUCUGAAGAAUACGACCGGGCGGACCCAUUAUGUCAGUUUCUAGGAGGCAGUAUGGUGUUUUUCGGACUAUGUCCGCUCUUUCUUGGUUGUGCCAUGGCAGCUGAGAGGUGUUUAGGGGUGACAAAGCCACUGCUCCAUGCUUCGCUGGUCACGAUCACAAGGACUAAGGUCUCUCUUUCUGUUAUCUGGUUAGCAGCUCUUUGUGUUGCACUUCUGCCCUGCUUUCAGCUGGGUUCAUAUACCUACCAGUAUCCUGGAACCUGGUGUUUCAUUAAAGUGCUGGAGGACACAGAGAAGGCAGAUGUAGCUUUUGUUAUGUUGUUCUCAGGACUGGGGUUGACAUCCCUUGCUGUUGCUUUGGUGUGUAACACCAUAAGUGGACUGACGCUGGUGUUAGCGAGGAUACGAAAGAAACCCUGUAACCGUCGAUCAGCUAGAUCCCAUGAUAUUGAGAUGGUGGUGCAACUUGUGGGCAUAAUGGUCACAUCUUGUAUCUGCUGGAGUCCUCUUCUGAUUGUUGGCCUAAUUACAGUGAAACAGUCGUAUGAGGGCUCUAUUGGAGAUGACAUCGCCACCUAUAAGACCCUAAUGAUAAUGGGGGUGCGGAUAGCGUCCUGGAACCAGAUACUGGACCCAUGGGUCUACAUUCUUCUUCGUCGUUCUGUCCUCCAAAAGAUUUACCUCAUCACUAAACGGCAAAGAGACUUUAAGAAAAGCACUUUUCGCUGCUGGGAGAUCCAUUCCUUUCCCAGCUCUGAGAAGACUCAUGUCAGUAGAGUCUAAGUGUACGUAAAUAAAAACAGGAGGCCAUAGAGGAUCUCACUGGACCCCUUUAAUACAACAUGUGCUGCACUCUCUAUGUUAAGAAUGUAUUUAUUUAAGCAAAUUUGCACAAAGAUGAAUAAAGCAUGAGAUGAACAUUCCUUUUCCUCCCUGUGAAGCACUAAUAAGAAGAAUUUGGCUGGAAACAUUCAUGCCAGUGUAACAGAGAACAGCAAUUAUUUGCUGUCUUGGGCCUUCAAUACAGAAAAUACAUUAGAGUUAGUAAUUGAAGCAUUAAUUCUCAGCCACUGUUGUUUGUAUCUUUAGGUCUGGGACAAUGUUUUAUGUCCCCAGUUGUUCCCCAUGAUGAGAGCCCUGGGCAUGAAAACCGACAUGACAGUGACAAGAGGCACACACAAUAUUUGAAUGUUUGUUUUACUGAAAAUACUUGUUCACCUCAAAACUUUUGUAUAGCAUGAUCAUCAACAAUAUAUUAACUAUGAGGUGAACUCGUAAUUUUAUGUGGUGAACAUUAUUUUCCCCUGCAGACGGGGAAGACAGUUUUCCCUUAUGUUUAUGUAAAUAAUUAUGUUCAUAAUAUUAUAUAAUUUAUUUCUUGUGUUAUCCCUCCAAUUUUCUGGAGGCUUUUAAUGUUGUUAUUUUUACAUUGAAAACCAUUAUAAUAAAACCAAAUGUAUUAUAUCUGAA